AAAAAAAAAAAUUCAGAAUUAACAAUUAAAAACUCCGUAAAUAAUUAAUUUAAAUAUAGUUUCUAUUUAUUAUAUAAUAGGAACCAACAAAUAAAUAAAUAGUCGAUGUAGCAGGUUAACCAAAUUACAUUGGAUAACUCAGGCUUAUCUAAAGCUGAUGAGUUCAGCAUAGAUCCAAUUUAAUAAUAAAUUCCUGAAACCUUAGUUAAAUAAGAUUAUAGCCUUUAAUAACUAGAAAAAAUACAUCUCACUAGCAUUGGAAUGAGAGAAAUGAGAGAGCUUACUAACACAAUACGUCUUCAAACAUCUCAAAUUUGA